AUGAUCCGAGUCACCGCCUUGCUCACUGUAGCUAUGAGACUUGUUCCUGUCUUCGGACACCCUACUACGGCAUUGAGAAAAAGAGAUGACACUGCGAUUUACAUCGCAUCCAUGGCAAAUCCCACUUUGUGCAUGUUUUGGUCGAUGGACACAAUCUCCACCCCAACCAGUCUCUCCUGCACUUUGGCAAGUUGCACCCAAGGCACAACUCAGACCUGGGAGUAUAGCCCCGUCGUGGACCAGCAAGCCCUCCUCUACAAUGGAGAUAAGGGUUGCGUGCUAGGUGGAGAUCACAUAUCGGAAUUUAUGAAUUCAUCAUGUGUCAAUCCUCAAAGCGCCUCAAAUUCUUUCGCGUGGAAAUGGACACGAGACAGUCUCCUACAGAAUGUGGCGAACUCUUCCAUAUGUCUCAAUGGUGAUGUUUCGCCCAAGACAUUUGGGAGAGUUUCGACCGGUCUAUGUUCUGAAUCUGCACCAUGGAUCUUUGGAUCAACCCCGACAUUUUCUUCGCUACCCACUCAAGUAGCCUAUCCUGUGUAUAAAGACACAGGUAAGAAUGUCAGGAUCCACGGCGGAGAGCUGUUGGUAGGUUUGGGAAGAGAUGACUUAUGUCUGACCGCGUCUGCCGUGCCGGGUGAUCUCGUCCAGGAAUCGGCAAUCGUGCUUGCUCCCUGUGUGCAAGAUUCUUCCUCCAUGGCCAAAUUUUCCCUCUUCAACGCUCCUCCGUCCAGCUUUCCAAAAAGUAGCUACACCGGCAACUUGACGUUUUCGUCUAACGGUGCUAGCCCCGGAACGCAAUAUUGCCUCGACACGGGUGAUGGGCCGGUCAUGGGGACACAGCUUUUGACGUGGGGAUGUAAAGGUGGAGGCUCUCAGACAUUCGAGUUGGACAAUAAAUUGCUUAAAAUGGCUGGCACAAACUGGUGCGCUACCGCAGUAGGCCCCGGCGAGCUUCCAGGUGGAACAGGAGACUACAAACCGAUGUUUUCAGUGGUUAUGGACCAAUGCGACUCGAACAGAGCUGCACAGCAUUUCUACAUCGGCACGACUUGA